AGCAGCGAGUAAAAGUGACUUCUUUAACCUUUAUAUAUUCCACUCAAGUAUCAGUAACAAGAAGUAGUACAAAUACAUGCUCUUGUUUGCUCAAACAAACUAACACAUUCUUUGUCUCUUUUUCUUAUUUCAUUUGCAAACAUGGUUUCAUCUUCUGCUCCAAAGGAAGUUCCUUCAGAUGAGAAAUGGGCAGAAGAUGGUCCCCCUCGCGAAGCGAAAUGGUGGUAUUCGACGUUUCAUACUGUCACUGCUAUGGUUGGUGCUGGUGUUCUUAGCCUACCUUAUGCCAUGGCCUACUUAGGAUGGGGUCCAGGGACAGUAGUGAUGAUCUUAUCAUGGUGUAUAACUUUGAACACAAUGUGGCAAAUGAUACAACUCCAUGAAUGUGUCCCCGGGGUUCGUUUUGAUCGAUACAAGGACCUUGGAAAACAUGUUUUUGGACCAAAACUUGGGGCAUGGAUUGUGCUUCCACAACAACUAAUAGUUCAGGUUGGUUGUGACAUAGUGUACAUGGUUACUGGAGGAAAAUGUUUGAAGAAAUUCAUGGAGAUUGCUUGUACUAAUUGCACUCGAAUUCGACAAUCUUAUUGGAUUUGCAUCUUUGGUGCCAUUCAUUUCUUCCUUUCACAAUUGCCAAAUUUCAAUGCUGUUUCUGGUGUUUCAUUAGCUGCUGCAAUCAUGUCACUAAGCUAUUCAACUAUAGCAUGGGUUGGUUGUGUGGGCAAAGGCAGAGUCCCUAACAUGAGCUACGCGUACAAGACAACAAGUUCAGUGGACUACAUGUUCCGCGUCUUCAAUGCAUUAGGCCAAGUAUCGUUUGCCUAUGCAGGGCACGCGGUGGUCCUUGAGAUUCAGGCUACAAUUCCAUCAACACCUGAAAAGCCUUCCAAAGUACCAAUGUGGAAAGGUGCUGUAUGGGCUUAUUUUGUCAAUGCUCUGUGUUAUUUCCCUGUUGCAUUCAUCGGGUACUGGGCGUUUGGACAAGAUGUCGAUGACAACGUACUCGUGGGACUUGAAAGGCCAUCUUGGCUUAUUGCAGCUGCUAACUUAAUGGUGGUUGUCCAUGUCAUAGGCAGUUAUCAGGUUUAUGCUAUGCCAGUAUUUGAUCUGAUGGAGCAAAAAUUGGUGAAAACAUGGAAUUUCCCACCUGGAGUAUUGCUGAGAUUCAUUGUUCGUACUACAUACGUUGCUUUCACUUUGUUUCUUGGUGUAACAUUCCCUUUCUUUGGUGAUCUUCUUGGUUUCUUUGGAGGAUUUGGUUUUGCUCCUACUUCUUACUUUCUCCCAAGCAUAAUGUGGCUUAAGGUCAAGAAACCAAGAAGAUUCAGUACCUCAUGGUGGAUAAAUUGGGCAUGUAUAUUUAUUGGAGUAUUUAUUAUGAUAGCUUCCACAGUUGGUGGAUUGAGAAAUAUUGUUGCUGAUUCAUCCUCAUAUGAGUUCUAUUCAUGAAGGAUACAUUUAUAAUUUAAUUUACAUAAAAUCUAUUAUUGGAUGAAAUCUAAUUCAGAAAAAAUUUAGUU